AUGUACGUCAAAAAUGCCCAAGACCCAGUGUCAUCUGGCGACAGGGGGGAUGAAAUAAUCACCGACGAGCCCAAGACCGACAUAACCAUAGCGAAAACAGCUGUCAAGGCAGUACAUGCAGGCGAUAAAGACGUCGACAUCGCAGCGCAAAUUAUUGCCGAAUAUGCACAGGAAGGCGGUGACAGCACAUGGACGCCUCAGGAAGAGAAAAAAUUGAUGCGCAAAAUUGAUUGGUGGUUGAUUCCAAUUCUUUUUGUGUGCGCUACACUGUCUGGCCUAGAUAAAACCGCAAUCUCAGCUGCUGCUAUCUAUGGCAUUAAGAAAGAUCUAAACCUUACUGGGCAACAAUACUCAUGGGUUGGAUCAGCACCGUUCUUUGGAGGGUUGGCUUUCAUGGGACCUUCUGCAUACUGUCUUCAAAAAGUCCCUGCAGUCAAGUACUUUGCUCUCAAUGUCUUUUUCUGGGGGGUUCUAGAAAUGUGCAUGGCUGCAACGACCAGUUUCGGCGGCCUCUUCGUCUGCCGUUUCUUGCUCGGGGGUUGCGAAGCCUUACUCAUUCCAGCAGUGACCCUAGUUGUGUCUAUGUGGUACCGUCCCGAAGAACAGCCGGCACGCAACAGUAUCAUCUUGAACGUUAUUGCUCCCAUUCUCAACGGUUUUAUUGCCUGGGUGGUGGGAUAUUAUCCCGGUACAUUUCCGACAUGGAAGAUUAUCUUCCUGUUACUUGGUGCAUUAACCACUCUCUGGGCUGGUGUGGUGUAUUUCUUCCUUCCCGAUAAUCCGCUUGAGACGAAAUUCAUCUCCUCGCGAGAGAAGUACAUCAUCAUUCAACGCAAAGCAGCCGAUAACACCGGCGUUGAAUCCAAAACCAUCAAACUUGGCCAGAUUUGGGAAGCCAUUUUUGAUCUCAAGAUGUGGCUCAUGUGGAUCGCAAUCAUGGCUUUGCAAGUACCAAAUGGUGGACUCACCACUUUCAACACUCUGAUCAUCUCCGGUCUGGGCUUCGACUCAUUGCAGACUUCCUUAUUGGCCAUGCCACCGGGUGCUAUGAGUACUUUAUCUGGUAUUGGAUUGAGUUACCUGGCAGCAAGGACAAGACGGUACAGAACGGUCAUUGUUGCCACAAGCAUUCUCCUACCAUUGUUGGGUGCUGUGCUAUGUUAUGCUUUGCCUCGAAGCAACUUGGCUGGGCAGCUGGUUGGUUUAUAUAUUCUCUAUACCUACUGGGCACCUUAUGUAACCGUCGUCUCCGUCUAUCAAGCUAACAUCGCCGGCCAUACCAAGAAAGUCGCUCUCUAUGCUUGGUACUAUGUUGCCUGGGCCACCGGAAACAUCAUUGGCCCGCAAACUUUCCGUGCCAACCAGGCGCCAGCCUACACUGGAGGCACAAUCAGUAUGAUCGUCUGCUACGUGAUUGCCAUUGUGACCAUCCUCACAUACGGCUUUCUCUGCCAUCGCGAGAACAAGCAGCGGGAAGCAGAUAUUCAGAAUGGUGUGGUGACGGCAGAUGGCCAGGACUGGCUGGAUUUGACGGAUAAAGAAAAUCGGACAUUCAAGUAUACUACUUAG